CUAUAGCUCAACGCAAACCUUCCAUUCAGCAUGAGAGUUUAACUUUCGAGCAUAUGCUUCCACGGACAGUUGGACACGUAACUUUCUCAUCACCCUUAUAUAUACACACAAAUUUCCUCUCACACCACUCAAAAUUUCCACCAACUACUUGCAAACUUGAGUCGCCUCAACCACUCCGAAAAGAAUUCCAACACACUGCAUGUUAUUAUGUUAUAUACAUACACGUAACUUGCUAUACUAUAUUCAUCCACAAGUAUCUCAGUGUGGUUGAUACCAAUGGCAUCGGCACUGGCGGGGGAUGAUUUGGCCGUAUCAACUAGCAGUCGCCGGAGCUGGACAACGGCGAGUUUCAGGGAUGCAUGGACGGCAGCGCCGGACGUGUUCAACGUGAGCGGCCGCCACGUGUAUGAGGACGACGAGGAAGAGCUCAAAUGGGCUGCCAUAGACCGCUUGCCAACUUUUGAACGCAUGAGAAAAGGCGUCCUCAAGCACGUGCUCGACGAUGGACAUGUGAUGCUCGAUGAAGUCGAUGUUUCCAACCUUUGCUUACAUGACAAGAAGCUCUUAAUUGACAGCAUACUUAAGAUUGUCGAGGAAGACAAUGAAAAAUUCCUACGCAGACUUAGAAAUAGAGUUGAUAGAGUAGGGAUUGAAAUUCCGAAGAUUGAAGUUCGGUGCGAGAAUUUAUCUGUGGAGGGUGAUGUGCAUGUUGGGAGUAGAGCACUUCCUACCCUGCUUAAUGCUACUCUCAAUGCUUUUGAGAGUGUUCUGGGAAUGUUUCACCUUGCACCAUCCAAGAAGAGGGAAAUCCAGAUUCUUAAAGAUGUUAGUGGAAUCGUUAAACCCUCAAGGAUGACUCUCCUUUUGGGUCCUCCAUCUUCGGGGAAAACAACAUUGCUUUUGGCGCUUGCAGGGAAACUUGAUCGUGAUUUAAGGGUGUCUGGGAGGAUCACUUACUGUGGCCAUGAGCUAAAUGAAUUUGUUCCACAAAAAACCUGUGCCUAUAUCAGUCAACACGACAUUCACUAUGGAGAAAUGACAGUGAGAGAGACAUUAGAUUUUUCAGGACGUUGUCUAGGUGUUGGUACUAGGUAUGAAGCAUUAGUGGAACUGUCAAGAAGGGAGAGAGAAGCAGGAAUAAAGCCAGACCCUGAGAUUGAUGCAUUCAUGAAGGCUAUAGCCUUGUCAGGUCAAAAAACCAAUUUGGUAACAGAUUAUGUACUCAAGAUCCUUGGAUUGGAUAUUUGUGCCGACAUUGUGGUUGGAGAUGAGAUGAGAAGAGGCAUCUCUGGUGGACAGAAGAAGCGAGUAACAACAGGGGAGAUGCUGGUAGGACCGGCAAAGGCACUAUUUAUGGAUGAAAUAUCAACAGGAUUAGACAGUUCCACCACCUUUCAGAUAUGCAAGUUCAUGAGGCAAAUGGUUCAUGUAAUGGACGUAACCAUGGUGAUUUCGCUUCUACAACCCGCACCAGAGACAUUUGAACUCUUUGAUGACAUUAUCCUACUUUCAGAAGGUCAAAUUGUAUAUCAAGGUCCACGUGAGAAUGGGUUAGAGUUCUUUGAACACAUGGGUUUCAAGUGUCCUGAGAGAAAAGGAGUUACUGAUUUUUUACAAGAAGUAACAUCCAAGAAAGACCAGCAACAAUAUUGGUCUAGAAAAGAUGAACCUUACAGAUAUGUUUCCGUUUCAGAAUUUGUGCAAGCCUUUAGUUCAUUUGACAUAGGAGAGCAACUUGCCACUGAGCUUGGAGUUCCCUAUGAUAAGAGACAAGCCCACCCAGCUGCCUUAGUGAAAGACAAGUAUGGUAUAACAAACUGGGAACUAUUUAAGGCAUGUUUUUCAAGGGAAUGGCUACUCAUGAAGCGCAGUUCUUUUGUUUAUAUAUUCAAGACAACACAGAUAACAAUCAUGUCUAUUAUUACAUUUACUGUGUUCCUUAGAACAGAAAUGUCAGUGGGAACUGUUGAAGAUGGACAAAAAUUCUUUGGAGCAUUAUUCUUUUCGCUAAUAAACGUGAUGUUUAAUGGGAUGGCAGAACUAUCUAUGACUGUUUUUAGGCUUCCUGUCUUUUACAAACAAAGGGAUUUCAGGUUCUACCCUGCAUGGGCAUUUGGUUUGCCUAUAUGGCUUCUCAGGAUCCCUCUGUCCAUUAUGGAAUCAGGGAUAUGGAUUGCCCUUACAUAUUACACCAUAGGGUUUGCUCCUUCUGCUAGCAGAUUUAUCCGGCAAUUCUUGGCAUUAUUUGCCAUUCAUCAGAUGGCUCUCUCUUUAUUUCGGUUCCUUGCUGCAGCUGGUAGAACACUAGUUGUUGCUAAUACACUGGGUACCUUGUCCCUGCAAUUGGUAUUUGUGCUAGGAGGUUUUGUUAUUGCCAAAGAUGACAUUGAGCCAUGGAUGAUGUGGGGCUAUUAUCUAUCUCCUAUGAUGUAUGGUCAGAAUGCCAUAGUAAUGAAUGAAUUCUUAGAUAAAAGAUGGAGUAAACCAAAUACAGACCCUAGAAUUAAUGCACCUACAGUUGGAAAGGUGCUUCUCAAAUCUAGAGGCUUCUAUACAGAAGAGUAUUGGUUUUGGAUCUGCAUUGGAGCCUUGCUUGGGUUUUCUCUUCUCUUCAAUCUCUUAUUCAUUGUUGCUUUAACUUAUUUGAAUCCUUUGGGUUAUUCAAAAGCAGUCAUUGCCGAUGAAGGUGACAAAAAGAAUAACAAGUCAUCCUCUAGCCAACAUAUUCUUGAAGCAGGAACAGACAUGGCAGUGAAAGAAUCUUCAGAAAUGGCUAGUUCUUUGAACCAAGAACCAAGAAGGGGAAUGGUUCUACCAUUUCAACCUCUUUCACUUGCAUUCAAUCAUAUUAGCUACUAUGUAGAUAUGCCUGCAGAAAUGAGGAGUCGAGGAAUCAAUAAAGAUCGACUUCAACUACUACAAGAUGUUAGUGGUGCUUUUAGACCAGGAAUUUUGACAGCACUUGUGGGUGUUAGUGGUGCUGGAAAGACAACCCUUAUGGAUGUAUUAGCUGGAAGAAAAACAGGAGGAUACAUUGAAGGAAGUAUUAGCAUCUCAGGUUACCCAAAGAACCAAGCAACAUUUGCUCGUAUCAGCGGUUAUUGUGAACAAAAUGACAUCCAUUCUCCACAUGUUACUGUAUAUGAAUCACUAUUAUUUUCAGCAUGGCUUCGCCUUCCUUCAGAUGUAAAUGCACAAAAGCGAAAGAUGUUUGUUGAAGAAGUUAUGGAGUUGGUUGAGCUUAACCAAAUCAGAGAUGCACUAGUGGGUCUUCCAGGAGUGGAUGGUCUAUCAACAGAACAAAGGAAAAGGCUUACUAUUGCGGUAGAAUUGGUUGCCAACCCUUCAAUUAUCUUCAUGGAUGAACCAACAUCUGGCCUUGAUGCUAGAGCUGCUGCUAUUGUCAUGCGAACUGUGAGAAAUACAGUAGACACAGGGAGAACCGUUGUGUGCACAAUUCAUCAACCAAGCAUAGACAUUUUUGAAGCUUUUGAUGAGAUUUUGUUGAUGAAAAGAGGAGGACAAGUUAUCUAUGCUGGACCUCUUGGUCGUCACUCACACAAGCUAAUAGAAUAUUUUGAAGGUAUCCCAGGGGUUCCAAAAAUCAAGGAUGGUUAUAAUCCUGCCUCAUGGAUGCUUGAUAUCAGCUCUACAACAAUGGAGGCUAAUCUUGAGGUAGAUUUUGCAGAGAUUUAUGCUAAGUCUACCCUCUACCGGAGGAAUCAAGAACUUAUUGAGGAGCUCAGUACCCCAGUACCAGAUUCCAAGGACUUGCACUUCCCAACCAAAUAUUCCCAAUCGUUUUUUGUUCAGUGCAAAGCUAAUUUCUGGAAACAAUAUUGGUCCUACUGGAGAUAUCCUCAGUAUAAUGCUGUCCGAUUCUUUAUGACAAUUGUUGUGGGAGUAAUGUUUGGUGUGAUUUUCUGGAAUAAAGCCAAAAAGACCCAUAAACAACAAGAUUUGAUGAAUCUUUUGGGAGGCAUGUAUGCUGCUAUGCUUUUUCUUGGAGCCAUGAAUGCUUCAUCAGUGCAACCAGUUGUUGCCAUUGAAAGAACUAUCUUCUAUCGUGAAAGAGCAGCAGGGAUGUACUCUGCAUUGCCCUAUGCAUUUGGCCAGGUGGCAAUAGAGGCAAUUUAUAAUGCAAUUCAAACAGCAGUUUACUCUCUUAUCCUUUACUCAAUGAUUGGGUUUGAUUGGAAGGCAACAAGCUUCUUUUGGUUCUACUACUAUAUAUUAAUGUGCUUUAUGUACUUCACGUUGUAUGGAAUGAUGAUUGUAGCACUAACACCGGGUCACCAGGUUGCUGCAAUUUGUAUGUCCUUCUUCUUGAGUUUCUGGAACUUGUUCUCUGGCUUUAUCAUUCCUAGGACGCAAAUUCCUGUGUGGUGGAGAUGGUAUUAUUGGGCUUCUCCUGUUUCUUGGACACUAUAUGGCCUUAUUACCUCACAACUGGGUGACAAAAAUGCAGAAUUGGAGAUACCAGGUGCUGGAAGCAUGGGAUUGAAGGAAUUCCUUAAACAAAACUUGGGUUUUGACUAUGAUUUCCUUCCCGUUGUUGCUGCUGCUCAUGUAGGCUGGGUUAUCCUCUUCAUGUUCGUUUUUGCCUAUGGCAUCAAAUUCUUGAAUUUCCAAAGGAGAUAGUCUCAGCAAAGUUAUAUAUAUAUCAGUUUUAGGAUUACGUGUAAAUUUUUUAUUUAUUAGUAUGUAGGAGUUCAUGUGCUCAUAGUGCUUCAGGAAUCUCCACUUUGAGUAAGUCCUACCAAUAUGGAUUAGGAAAUGAGUAUAUAGAUUGUUGAGCAAGUUGUUACCUGUGAAAGAACAGAAGUCACAACCUUUAAGAUAAUGUGACAAGCUUACAAUUAAUACAUGGCAUGAUGUCAUGAGAGAAUUUAUUUCACUUUUUCACUUUUACUAA